UCCUUUUUUUUUCGCUCAUUUGCCGCUUCGCGCGUUUUCAAGGGGAAAGCUCGAAAACGACGACGUUUCGGUAUCUUGAGCAGGAAGAUCUCUCUGCGUGCAACCGUUGUAGAACAAAGGGAGACGGCGGCGCAUCAUCGUCGAUCAAUCGGGAGAGGGAGAGAGAGAUGAGCAGGUCGUAUUUUCCCUUCUCCAGAAUCUUCAGGCAGCUGGAGCGAGAGAUGGAAACUGUGGUGAAAGUACUGCAGCCUGGACCUUUAGGGAUCAUAGAACACAGGUUCUCUGCUGAGGAGAUACGCAAGGCAAACGCUACGGUUCAGAGAGCAGUGGAAAACUGGCGACGGAGUGCAAUCCUAGAGCAGACAAAUCCUUUCUUGAAAGAUUAUAUUCAGAAGUGAAGGAUCUGCUCAAGCCAUUUUUCAUGGGUAAUCGAACAAUCAAACUUUUUGGGAUAGAAAACUUCUCUCUUCCUCAGCAGAGCUUUUCACCAAAGUUAAAGAAAGGCUCUCUUAGUUUCUUCACCCUUUCGCUGUUUGCGAGAAGUUAGAACCUGUCACCUGUUUGCAGUGCAUUUAUCUCUUUCCUAGUUUUGUUUGUUAUGUUUUCUGAUUAAGAAUGAAAUGCUUUAUCUGGUUUAGUUUAAAUAA